UUCUGGUUGGCACAUGAUGAAUAACAAGGCUUACGUCACAUUGAGAAUCGAUUAAACUGAAAUACAAUGGCAUGCAUAUACCAGGAAUUGCACUCGUGAUUGUACAUCCACGUUGRAACAUGCCACCAUUAGGCCAGAAAUCGAGAUGUCCACUUUUCGUAAGAGUUCCAAUCAAAGGAGCAUUGUGUGUAUUUACCAAUCCAUCCGUGCACGAUAAUGAUCGUCCGCUUCGAGCCAUCGUAACCAGAGGACUUCAGAAGACUGACGUCAUGAUCAUUUAUAAGUUUUUCUCCAGAUGGGUACUUUCUUGUGGUCACGUGGGAUUAUUAAAGUCUUGAUUAACAAAGGUCUCUCCYCUUAAAAGACGCAUAAACGUUGAUGUUAUAGCAUGUAGAGUACUUGGAACAUAUAACUGGUAUAUAAUUCUGCUAUUGCUCUCUCCUUUGAAAAGAGCCGUAAACGUUGAUGCUGUAGCAAGCAGUGUACCUGAAAUAGAAAACUAGUUAAAUGUCAUGCUGACUAUAAUUGAUUGCUAUUAACGAGAUGAUAUCUUACCACUGUGUGCUGCCAAGGAACUGAACAGAAACUUUGAUUACAUCCCAUGGAUCAAAGAACCAGCUAUCAUGUUUAACCUCUAUGGUUUGUAGCUCACCAAGAUCAGACUUAAUUGGAGCGAUGAACUGCUCUGUGCUCCCGUCCUCCAGCCACCUGGAAGCCGCCAAAGGAAUAAACACCAUGCUUGCCAUAUAGACGAGGUCGASUGUUAAUACCAGCAGUCAAGCGUUUCACUGMYACAAUACAUAUUCUCCCUUCCAUAAUAAAGGCACAAAGAGYUGUCACUGGACCAUUAKUGCUGCUAGGAAUGGCCAAAGACUUCGCUUUGCUGUUAUGGUACUGUCAACUUGUGUUUUAUCGACCGGUUCGUCUGGACAAAGACACCGAUAACUUGCAUAAUAUUGUCMYAUCAAAUCGAGAUGACCUGUUAARCCUAUUUGGAGUCGAUUCCAUUGACUCAGUUCCUGAAUACAAUGUAGUACCAGUCCAUCAUGACAGAAGCCGUCGAGAUAUUUCAGGGACUAAGCACUACAGACUAUCAGCAUUCAACAAAGAUUUCAAUCUUGAACUGAAACCAAACUAUGACGUAAUAUCCCCCGAACUUGAAGUUGUCAGGAAGACGUCUUCACAAAGCUGGUCAAAGGAGCUGUACACACCUGAUGGUGUAUUUUAUCAAGGUCAUGUGACUUCGCAUCCAAACUCCCAUGUUGCAGUUCGUGAAAUGAUGGAUGAUGGACGACUGUUAGGUGGAAUUCUUACGGACGGUCACAUGUUCGAAGUGCGGCCCAUUCCUGAUCACGUGGCUGACAAGAUGGGGCUAGAAACGCAAGCUUAUCACGUGAUUACUAAGCGUAGUCUGCAAAACAACUUUUAUCGACAGGAUCCAGUAAAAGUUUUUCUCGGAGAGAGCAUCAACGCACAAGAAGAUCACCAAAUAAGGACACGAAGAGACACAGGGGGCCCACCAAAGUACUACAUUGAAGCAAUGUUAACACUGGACAAAGUGUCAUGUGAYUACUAUGGUAAAAAUUCAAUGGACUUUGUUCUUGCUGUAGCAAACCUGGUAAAUCGAUUGUACAACGACAAGUCUUUAACCAUUGACAUCACGUGGACUGUCACCAAAAUUAUACUCGUUGAGAAAUAUGAGGAAGCGCUAGAUUUCAAGAAAGCGAAAAUCGAUUCGGCUGUUAAAUAUAUGGCUGUAUUCUCUUCCUGGGCACGAACCAACAAUACAGCAAACGGUGAAGUUGGUCAUUGGGAUAACGGAGUACUAUUGUCCAGGUCUAUAUGUGGUACAAAGAGUUGCGAUCUGGACGGUGUUGCAUAUUCUGGUUAUCCAUGCAGUYUUACUCUGGGUUAUACUGUCAAUAGAGCAACAGGACUUGACGCUGCUUUCUCCGUCGCACACGAGAUGGGUCACAACUUUGGACUGAACCAUGACUCUUCCGAAGGAUGUGCGAAAGGUUAUAUUAUGAACGCUGGUCAAGCGAGUGGACCAAACGCCUUUCGAUGGUCAAGUUGCAGUAAUAAAAAACUCAUCAACACUUUUAAACGUGUCAAGUGUUACGACAACAAACCACCAUCUAACAUUACUCUUCCUGUCAUCCCUUCCGGUCACUUUUACGAUGCAAACAAACAAUGUGAGUUGAGACAUGGAAAAGGCUAUACAGUUUGCCCAGUUACCAAGGUGUGUAUAAAUAUGACAAACAACAAAAACAAAACAAAACAAUUUCAGGAAGCGCUAGAUUUCAAGAAAGCGAAAAUCGAUUCGGCUGUUAAAUAUAUGGCUGUAUUCUCUUCCUGGGCACGAACCAACAAUACAGCAAACGGUGAAGUUGGUCAUUGGGAUAACGGAGUACUAUUGUCCAGGUCUAUAUGUGGUACAAAGAGUUGCGAUCUGGACGGUGUUGCAUAUUCUGGUUAUCCAUGCAGUUUUACUCUGGGUUAUACUGUCAAUAGAGCAACAGGACUUGACGCUGCUUUCUCCGUCGCACACGAGAUGGGUCACAACUUUGGACUGAACCAUGACUCUUCCGAAGGAUGUGCGAAAGGUUAUAUUAUGAACGCUGGUCAAGCGAGUGGACCAAACGCCUUUCGAUGGUCAAGUUGCAGUAAUAAAAAACUCAUCAACACUUUUAAACGUGUCAAGUGUUACGACAACAAACCACCAUCUAACAUUACUCUUCCUGUCAUCCCUUCCGGUCACUUUUACGAUGCAAACAAACAAUGUGAGUUGAGACAUGGAAAAGGCUAUACAGUUUGCCCAGUUACCAAGAAUAGUUGCGUGUCACUCUUCUGCUACAAACACACUGGUUGCAGUAGUUCUGGUGCCCCACCGGUCGACGGUACUCGCUGUGGAUAUCGAAAAUGGUGCAUCGGGGGUGAAUGUGUUCAGAUCGGUAAUGAAGUCCCGCUACCUAUCCAUGGAAAUUGGGGAAAUUGGAGCUCUAUCUACUCAAAAUGCUCGCGUACAUGCGGAGGUGGUAUUCAAUAUCGCACCCGUAAAUGCAAUAACCCGAGCCCACAGCAUCACGGGAAACCUUGUACGGGUUCAUCUAUCGGUGAAUGGAGGAUUUGCAAUUUUGAGGCAUGUCCACCGGGCUCAUCCGCUUAUCGUGAAACUCAAUGUAAAAGUAAAGGAUAUCCACGAUUCUACACCAGUCGUGAUGGAUGCACUUUGUGGUGUCGAAAGGGGAAUGCGGUCACUUCCGAAGGAAAUGUUGCUGAUGGGACGAAAUUCUACGUCGACAAGCCACACGUAAAAGAUAUUUGCUUGGGAGGAAAACUCCAGGCCGUUGGAUGCGAUAAUGUUCUGUAUUCAAAAAGCAUUUAUGAUCGUUGUAUGAAGUGCCUUGGAAACGGCGGAUCGUGUGUUCCAGUCAAAGGGGAGUAUAAUAAAGACUAUAGAGGAUUUGGUCCCGGUAAUCCUGAUCCAAUGUUUACCAUACCUAUCGGAGCAACGCAUUUCUUUAUCAAAGAAAACUCUGCAACUUGGAAUGUCUUGAAUAUGAGACUCUAUCCACCACAAAASAACAGUUAUAUUUUUUCACCUCGUACGUCAAGCACAAUGAAGAAAGCAGCUGGUGUCAACAUAUACUAUACUAUGCCGRGUGCACGUUUGGAUUAUGCUGAAUCUAUGGAGUUUGUGGGACCUUCAACAAAAAAACUUGUCCCAAUGUUUUUGUGGAUUGGACGCCAUGUCAACGUAGGCUACAAAUACAAGUAUUUUAAACCUGGAAACGGCUCAGAUACAACCUUUGUUUGGAAAACGGUUACAUACGGGACAUGCUCUAGAUCAUGUGCUCGAGGUGCAAUGAAGCAGAAAGUCACGUGUUAUCGCCAAGAUGACCAAUCAGAAGUCUCUGUAAUUCAUUGCAAUAAAAGAACUACACCGAACGAUACCAUUGCCUGCAAUGAGCAGCCUUGUCCAGCAAGGUGGGAUUCACAGUCAUGGGGAAAGUGUAGUGAAAAGUGUGCUAGAGGAACGCAUAAACGAACUGUGGCAUGUAUACAACAAUUCUUAGCUGAUGAUUACAAAGUCGUAAGCGAUAGCAGCUGUAAUAGUACGACACGACCAAAUGAUACCAAAACUUGUAAUGUGGUAGACUGCCCUCCUGUCUGGAAUGUUGGAUCGUGGUCACCGUGUAGGAAAAAUGGUUCUUUAUACACGUCAACUCGUGAGGUGAUUUGCCAAACCACUCUAGCCAACCGUACUAUUAUAAAAAACAACAUUUCAGUUUGCUCGUACGCCUCGAAAGUUCCUCCAAGUGUGAAAAAUUGUACUAUUCCGGAACCGACCCCAACACCAAACAAUGAGACUAACUCUACCACGGCACCAAUAACGACAAAAAUUAUAACAAUUAUUGCAGUUCGACAAGGAAGGAGUGGAAGCAGCGCGUCCAGUUAUUGGCCAUGGAUUGUAGUCAUCAUCCUGGUGAUUGUUGUAAUGACAGUAUUCGUCCUGUUUGCUUUGUAUCGACGAGAACGCCUACCUUGCGUUAAUAGAUGUUUUGGACGAGAACCUAGUGUAUAUUAUUUGGCACCAAAAGAAAAGAAAGAAUCAAUCCAUUCCGCUGGAUCGGCAGAGGUGAUAGUACAAUCCGAGCCUGGUUUAUUGAUUCAGAAGUGAGAAAAUAUAUCCCAUAAUAGCAGAGGUAAAACCUCGCUGGACCUAUCACGGUGCACAUGCUUUUGAUUCGGGAACCCUGUGUGUCACAGCUAUUGAUCUAACACAUGACAUAAACUUUCGUUUCAUUCAUCAUUAUCAUUCCAUUGCUUUAGAAGUUAUUUUGCACAAAGGCAUAGUAUUUUACAUACUUUAUUUAUUAAGAUUAAUACAAUUGGUAAUCAUACGAUGAAAUUUCAUGUUAUAUUUUUGGAUAAAAUGUGAGAAUGAAAACUUAUUUUUUCGUGUCAAUUCCCGUAAUUCAAGUGAUCAAUUUCAAUUUUAAUGUACAAUAGAAUAUAACGUUUAAAACGUUCCAUAAAUUAAGGCUGUUUGUGAAUAAGUUUGGUAAUAUUUUAGGUUAAAACUAAAACUAGUAUCACAAUAAAGUAGACUUUAUUUUUGAAUUACUUGUGCAAUCCCCACCUGACGUCUUCCCACACUGCUAUUCUCCAGCUAUGAAACACUAUCGCUGCUCAAAGAUAAUGUUUUUGCUUAUGUUUUCUUUGCUUUUACCUUGUUUGAUCUACUAUUAAUGUCCUUACUUAGUAUGAACAACGUACGGAUUGUUUAUCGUUUUASAAAGGUAACUUUCAAUUGCCUCUUUUUUAACUACCAUCAAAUUUGCCGAGAUCAUUUAGCUUUUCACUUUUACAUUUAGUUCGUAUUUUUGAUUUUUUCUUUAUUACAGUGUUAAAAAAGGUAUAGAUAGUAUAUAUACUAUAUAUAAUGCAGUSUAAAUAGGUCUCCCUCAGUUAUGAGUAGGCUAUGAAUUAUACAUAUUAAUGAGAACAUUUAUAAAAACAUUGAAACACCACAUUGUAAAUGUGAUGAUAGAAAUAAAAGUUAAUCGAUGAGAUAUGAAA